AAAAUAACCUACCUAAAGUGUCUGUUUUCUUUUCUGUCGAUUUUCUGUUUUCCGAUAGACAUCGAAUCGAUCGAUAAACGAGAGUCGAGACGCCGCCGACCGUUUUGUGUGCCGGCAUUUUUUCGCGAAAAAUUUUGUGAAGUUUAGUAUUUGUUUAAUUUACACAGAAUUACGUUAACCAUGGACGAAACAAUAUUAUUCCCUUCGCCGAAUUGGUUUCAACCAUCUGGCUUGGCGGUUAGCAAUGAUGAGUGGCUCGUGUAUGGCGGUCCCAGUAAAAGCCUUUGUAUUUUGGAGCCCUUGCCGGCGGAUUAUGAGCCUAUAGUAGAGGGACAGCAAGCAUAUACAGCGCAUGUAGUCAACAGAGCACAUCCCGAAAAGAUAACAUGCGUGGAUAUAUGUCCAGAGUGGCCCGAGAAGCGUGCCGUGCUUACUGGCAGCGUGGAUGGAGCUGUGAAGCAAUGGAGUCUGGAGUCUGCUAACAAUACCUUAAAAAUAAAGUCUACCCACAGUCAUGAAAUCCACAGCCAUGAUAAAGAGGAAGUGGCUGGAGUGGGAUAUUGUAAAGACGGUUAUGCUGUUACUGUUGGUAGCUUUGGUAACAUUGUGAAGUGGGACCUCAACUCCAAUGUAGCAAAGAGUUUCAACCAUGUGCUGAAAAGCUUCAAGCCUGUCUGCAUGGCAUGCUCCCCACACAUUCACAUGAACGUCGCUAUUGGUACUAAACAAGGAGUGGUAUUCGUAUUGGAUCUUAAUGGUUCACCAAGAAUUAUAUACAAAGUCCGUGGUCAAGAUGAUGAGAUCCUUAAAGUCAGUUGGUGUCCACAGUAUGAGGUUGCUGUCAGGAAAUCUCUGAAAGAGUCUGAUAAGAGGAGUGCUGCCUCUAAUAGAAUGUACAAGAUACAGAAACAGCCUAUAGCUCCUGAACUAAUGAAAGCAUUGGAUGAGCGUGUCAAGAACAGUGAAACCACAGACCAACCUACACUGAUAAAUGAAAAGUUGGAACCAAUUGCUACUGGAUCUUUAACGCAAGAAGUGUUAGAUGAGUCUGGUAUUGGCAAGACAUUGCCAGAAGACAGCUUCGAUGACUGUGUCAUGGUCCAAGAAGACGACAUGUUUGAUAUCUAUAAGGACCACGAAGCUGACGAAUUUGGACACAAGAAAUUCGAACCUGUGGAUUUAAUUGUGAAGCUUCCUUCAGAGGCGCCUAAGGAAGAUUAUCUGACUGAAUGUCAGAAGUUAAAAGACGAGAUAUUGAAGAGGAAGGCUCAGGCUGACUCUACAAUUGAGUCUUUAGUUGAGGCGAUGGAUAAAACUGGUGUAGAAGAUAAGCAACUGGAGCAACCCUCCACAUCGAAACCUGAAAUUUCCAUGGAAGGGAAGAUCAUUAAAGGAGAGGUUGAGUCAAGUGUGCACAUCCACAAACACUUAUUAGCUACUGUGGGCAAACAAGGGAGUAUCCGCGUAUGGUCCAAAUCUGGCAAGUUGGUGGGCAGCUGCGCGGUGAGUGGUGGCGGCAACAACAACAAGCAAGGUCGCCGGCCCCCCGCUUGUAAUGCGCUGCUUUGGGCGCGCCCCGACAUGCUGCUUAUUGCAGAUGGGAAGAACCAGCUGCUCGACUGUAACCCACUGAAGAUCGACUGCAAGAACAAGCUAGAAUGGCGUAUCCUCCACUCGCACCACAAGCGCGGCCUAUAUGCGAUCGCCACUAACGCGCCACGCGUGCAGACGCCCGAGAUGUGGUGCGGCCGCGCGCGCGACUGGGUCGUGUGGUCCGCGGCACAGGACCGCUCGCUGCUGCGAUACUCCUUGACUGACGGCCUGCUGCACACUUACACCACGUGUGGAGGGUUCCUGUAUACGCUGCAGACUUGUCCGUAUGAUGCACGAAAAGUGUGUGUGAGUGUGGGCGACGGCGCGGUGCGUGUGUGGGAGUCGGAGGGCGACGACGAGCUGCCGCGGCUGCAGCGCGGGAGCGUGACGGCACACUGGCAGCACGUGCAGGGCAAGGUGCUCACGGCCGCCUGGCACCCCACGCGCGAGGGACUGCUCGCCUUCGCCACCGCUGAGGCCAGGGUGGGCUUGAUAGCGACAGGGGGCAAGGGCGAGCGGGCCGCCCGCGUGCUGCAGCCCGGCAACAGCGGCGCCGUGUACUCCAUGAGCUGGGCCUCCGACGGGCUCCUCUACGUGUGCGCCUCGGGCGAGCUGCUGCUCUAUGACGUCGACAACAUGGACGCGGCACCCACGGCCGUGGCGGUGCAGUUCGAGGGCCAGCAGUGGGAGGUGAGCGCGGUCCGCUGGCAGGCGCGCACGCUGCUGCUGGGCAGCUGCGCCGGCGCCGUGGCCGUCGCCGCGCCGCGCCCGCCGCACGCCGUGCACGCCGCCAUCUUCGUAUACAGCAAGAUGAUCCACACGAUGGACUGGCACCCGCAACAGACAUCCAACUCGAGUGAAGACUCGCCCUACCAGAAUCUGAUUGCCGUUUGUUCGCUGGACAAGGUCAACACCGUCGUCAUAUUAGAAUACAAGGAUAAUGAAGAUGGCACGAACCAGCUGAGCGUGUGGAAGACGCUGAUCGGGCAUAAGGGCACGGUGCUGCAGCUGGCGUGGAGCCCGCACCACGAUGAGGAGCUGCUUUCCACCUCCCAGGACGGCACUGUUCGGGUAUGGAACAUAACAUCGGGCUCGUGCACGGCAAUAUUCGGCGGGCACACCCAGACGGCGCUGGGGGCCGCGUGGAGCCCGCGGCCGCAGCUGCCGCGCGUCAUCAUGUCCGGCGGCGCCGACUGCUGCCUGCGGCUGUGGGACGCUGACAGGCAUCCCGCGCAACUCUAUGAAGAAAAUAAACACGAAACUGCAGUCGAGAAGAAGAAAAAGAAGAAGGAAAAAAAAGAAAAGAAAACUGGGGACGAAUCUUCUGGGGACACUGACGACCAACCCGCUACUGUGGCUGAUAAUAAAAUGAAGCCAUCUAAGAAGUUCCUUCUGCCCAUGAUAUACCGUCAGAUGAACCCUUGCGGAAUCCAGGGCCCGAGGAAGAUGCUUCAGAUGUACCUGGAGAAGGCCGGCGAUGUUGUUCGCACGGAGAACGAGAAUGGAGAAGAAGUUGGCCUAGAUUACCUCAAGAUUUUCGGGAAUAUAAAUGAAGUCAAUGGAGUGUUAGAUGAUGAGAUGGAGCGUCACCAAGACACGGGCAACUCGGAGGCGUGGUCGCUGUUGUGCGUGGUGCGCGGCUCCAUCGACACGGCCAUCCAAAUAGCCGCCUCGCGCGACCAACUCGACCCGCUACUGCUCAGCCAGGCGCCAGGCAUCUCAUUUAAGUAUUGGAAGGACGCUACUCAGUUAUAUUUACAACAAAUCGAUCGGCUCGUGGCCAAAGGAGAGGAUGCCAAACUGGCCGAAAACAAGCCGUACGGCGGGCCAGUGUUCCGCAAGAUGGCGGUGCAGCUUAGCCUGCACGAUCUGAAGGGCGCUGUCACCACACUGGUGGAUGCACGGCUCUUCCAGGAAGCCUACGUCUUGAGCAGGACCAGAUACAUGGACAGCCUCGCAGAACAGACGCUACGACUGUGGGCGCACGAUUGUUUCCUCAAUGGACAUUACAACACUUCUUCCGUGUGUUACAUGGCUCUCGGCGACCUGUCCCAAGCGGCGGCGGCGCUCGGGAAGUCUUCAGAUGAGGAGUCUCUCAGUCUCGCCGCAGACAUUGCCAAAGUCCUCGGACAAACCACCUUCGCAGGACACAUUGAGGAGAAGAGAGAAUUCAUAAAGAGCAAGAAGGAGUUGCUAGAAAAACUUGACAAGCAGGUCGAGGAUCAAGAUUUGAAGGAUUUACCUUCGAGAAGUGAACUAGUCAUAAAGGAAAAUAAUACCGAAAAGUCACAAUUAGAGGAACCAGAGAAGGACACAGAAAAUGCUAAAGAGGUUGCAAGUACUGACGAAAAGAACUUAAUGUCAGACACACAAGCUGAAGAAUCUGGAAAAGGAGAGGAUGAGAAUAAAAUAGAAAAGUUAUUAGUAGAGCUUCCGGAAAAAAUGGAAGGUUUGUUGAAAGAUGGAAUCCAAAACGGGAUGCAUAAAGGCGAUGGCGACACCAUGCAAAAUGGCGAAGCAACCGACCCGCAGAAUAAUAAUGAGAUUUUAGCCAAACCGCUGCAGAAUGGCUCUGAACCUGUACAGGAAAAAAGUGCCACUGAGUAGUGCUUUUGAGAAUGACUGUGAUGUUGUAGAGUAAGUUUGUGAUUAGGCUCUUGAAGACUGAGUAAAAAAUUGUGUAGUAUGUAAGGUAAUGUCGACGAUGAGAUAUUUGAUAAUCUCACGUCGUACCUGCUGAGCAGAUGAAGGUAAAUUGUUUGUGUACAAUUUUAUGUGAUGUACCUGUUAAUUAGUAACGUCGAAUGUGAAGCGUCGUCUGUCGUACUCGAGCGUCCUUUAUAAGGCAGGGUUUUUAAGUUCCUAUUUCACUAUUAGCCCAGUCAUUUUAGGGGUUUCACCUCGGAAUGAGAGAUAAUAAGCUAUAAAUUGGUAUGGACCUUUGUUUUGUCGUUUUAAAUGUUAUCUCAAAAGUCACAAAUGAUACCGUGUCCGCGUCUUAAGAUAUUCAAGGUCAAAGGUCAUAAAAAUUGGUUUUUUGUGAAUAUCUCGCUUCCUAUUGCUUAAAUGAUAUUUUUACCUAUAAUAAAAGUUGUAGAGUAUAAAAUUCUCUACAAUUUUUGUUUCAUGUUUUUUUUGAUACGAUCAACCGUUUUUGAGGUAGAGCGCGAAGAGUGCGCAGCGCACAGUUAUAAAUGGUCCAAUGCAAGGUCAAGCGUAAGUUACGCUUAUCAGUACGUGAUAUCUAUUAUCUAUUAUUUAUUUAAUUAUUAUAAUUAUUAAACAAUGGCCAUUAUUUAUAUUUUUGUUGAUAUUUUAUUAAAAUCAGUAACUUAAUUAUUUAUAUUUAACUAUUCAACUAUAAUAUAUUAUUAAUUCUGGAAUAUAUAUUUUCAGUUAAAACGUCAUUACAUACGUUUUCUUCAAAACGUGUAAAUUUUUCAAAGCUUAUAUACCUGGAUAUACUUGUCCCUACCCUAUGACCUUCUCUAUUGACCUUCUCAUCAUCGAGACAGCUAUUGCAUUAUCAGAACAUCAAAAGACUGCCGUCAUCAUAGGAGAAGAUAUUGAUUUGCUCGUAAUUUUAAUUGGGCGUACUCAAUCACAUCAACAGGAAAUUUUCUUUAAAAAAGUUGGGAAAGGCAAUGUUAAGACACAAAUAUACUCUUCCAAAAGUUUUGACCAAUAUCCGCGUACUAAAAAACACAUUCUAUUUUUACAAUCAUUUAGUGGCUGUGACACGACUUCUGCGCUGUUUAAAAAAGGAUAAAAAUAUAAAUAAUGGCCAUUGUUUAAUAAUUAUAUUAAUUUAAUAAAUAAUAGACUUUAUAUCACGUACUGAUAAGCGUAACACACGCUUGACCUUGCAUUGGACCAUUUAUAACUGUGCGCUGCGCACUCUUCGCGCUCUACUUCAAAAACGGUUGAUCGUAUCAAAAAAAACAUGAAACAAAAAUUGUAGAGAAUUUUAUACUCUACAACUUUUAUUAUAGGUAAAAAUAUCAUUUAAGCAAUAGGAAGCGAGAUAUUCACAAAAAACCAAUUUUUAUGACCUUUGACCUUCAAUAUCUUAAGACGCGGACACGGUAUCAUUUGUGACUUUUGAGACAACAUUUAAAACGACAAAACAAAGGUCCAUACCAAUUUAUAGCUUAUUAUCUCUCAUUCCGAGGUUGACCCCUUUUUUUACCUAAUAUGACUGGGCUAUAUGAACACAGUUCUUGUCAUCGGUUAAAUGGGCUUUAAGCCUUACUCUAUAGAGUAUUCUUACUUAUGUUCUCACUUAUGUGUAACUUUCGAGACGUAGUUAGUUUUUCAGCCGCAUGAAAGUCUUUCAGACUUUCAAACAAAACGACUAACGCAUAGAGAAAAUCCAAUACUGAAGAUUUUAGGUGUCCUAUAAUGGUUCUUGAAAUGAAGGAUGUCAUUUGAGUACCCAUUUAGAAUGGAUAGGCACUAUAUAACACUGACCUCCUAGGGUUUGAUAGGCACAUACAAGUCAUGUUUAUCUCGUGAUACUUUUAGAUCUAAGGUUUUGUCGCGUGAAACGCCGGUACGAGUACGGCAGGCUCGAUAGCGUAAUCAUUUGAACAGAAACCAUCGGCCUAGCACUCGUUAGUUACCACAUCGAUAUUUUAAGUCACUGUUGACUCUGCCGGUCGUUAUUAUCAUCUUCAUUAUGUACACGCCUAAUCGUUAAAACAGGCUUUUUGUUAGUUACUACGUUACUCGGUUGAGUUGUUAUGUUUAUUUAAAUUUUGUACUUUUAUUGAAUAAACGUUCUCUUCAUUCCA